UUUCUAGAUUUCCAAAACUAGCAAUGGCUUCUGCAAAAAAAUCCAAGCAUGAUUUCAGCGAUGUUAGUGGAAGAAUCCGCAAAGCUACAGCUAAAAGGGUGAAGCUUUAUGACUCGAUCAGAGGCAAGGAACCUACGAUUCCAUUCUGGGAUAUCGUGGUGAUCAGCGCAUUGGACAACGCGCAAAAAGAAGCUUAUGAAAUUCAAUUAGAAGCGAAACAAAAACGGAAUGAGAUCCCCUUGGGAGUGAACUACCACGUGUUUAAUGAUCCCCCCGGACCUAAGAUAGGUAACGGAGGCUCAACGAUCGUCUGUAUUGAUGAGCUGUUGAAGAUUUAUGGAGAAGAGAAGCUCAAAACGUGCAAGACAAUGUUAGCACAUGCUGGAGGCUAUAGCAUGAGAAUGCCCAAUGCUAGCGUCUUGGGCAAGGUUUUCACGCCUCUACCGUGGGGUCGUCCAUCCUACCAGAUGAUAGACAUGCUUAUGGCUAUGUUCAUUGAAUUCCCUGCCAACAUGAUUCCUGGAAUUCUACUGGUUUGUCCAGACACAUUUGAACUGUUCAACACAAAUGGGGAACCAUGUUCGUUCACUGAACCAGGCUUUACUGCCCUUGCACAUCCUUCUCCUAUCGAGGUCGGCACAACUCAUGGGGUCUUUGUUCUGGAAAACAAUUCUGAAGAUAUGCAUGAAGAUGCUGUGGUCAAGACAAAAUGUUCAAGAUUUCUGCACAAGCCAUCUGUAGAGAAAAUGAGAGAGAAUGGUGUGGUAUUUCAGCAUGAUGACAAGGAACAUGUAUAUACUGAUAGUAUAUUCUUUGUUGACUGGACCACCGCCAGCCAAUUGCACCAGGCCAUUAGUAAACUCAAUAUCGACUGUGAGAUCUGUGCAUUUGGGGACUUUCUUCAAUCUCUUGGACCAGACUCUUCAGUGGACUACACAAGAAACGUUGCCAACGUUACCAAAGUCAGUCCAUCCCUCAUCAAGACAAGAGAAGCCAUCUAUGAACAGUUAAAAGGAACACAACUCAACGUAAUCAUCUUGAAUGAAUCAAAGUUCUAUCACAUUGGUACCAUAGCAGAAUACAUGCAUCAUUUCUGUCUUGACCCUGUCUUCAGAUACGAGGCCAAUUCCGUCCAUGAAGCUCAUGUCUCCAAGACUGGCAAGUAUUCCCGCUCUCCCAACACCGUCAUUCCUCAAAGCACUAUUCUUAUUCAUUGCCACAAAAACCUGCCCUCCCACGUCGAAGCGUGCUGCGUGCUAGAUUGCUGUGAGAUAGGCGAGGGCGCAUGCGUCGAGAAGGGCUGUAUCGUAAGCAACGUGUCCAUCCCUGAAGAUGCUGAAGUCCCCGAGAAUGUGUUCGUCAUGACUGUCUGUGUGAAGCUGGAAGGGGAAACGGGCUUGUUUGUCACUGUGGGUUAUGGAACAGAGGAUGAUAUGAAGAAGACGGCUGCUGUUGGAGAACUGAGCAAGAUUAGCUACGUGGGGAAACCACUGAAUGAAGUCUUUAGUCUUCUGGGAAUAACACAGAGCGACUGGGAUAUGGUGUCUCUUUGGCACGCUAGACUUUUCCCCGUCUUCAAAGAACAAGCUCCAUCAGUCCAGUACACGCUUGAAGUACUUCGCGCCUUGCGAGAAGGCGGCGAAAUUUCUCUACCAUCCGAGGCAGACACUGUUGGAAAGAGACGGCUGUCAAUGGCGGAUGUCUUAGUUUACAAAGACGUAAAGAGUACCUUAGAAGUGAGAGAAAAACUCAGAGAGAAAAUCCAAAGUUUGAAGUAGGUAGGCAAGAUAAAAACAAGGUAGUUAUAUUACACUUUAUAUUCCUUUCAUUGUUUUCUCAAAAGAAACAAACAAAAAACAGCGCGGUCAAACGUUUUGCGCAUGCGUCACGAGCUGCACGGGCGCGUCUUUUCUCCCGCCAAAAUGAAAUCUUAUAGCUAAAACAACAAAUUAUAAAAUUUGAAGGCGUUAAAGUUUGGUAUAUCUUAAAAUUUUGGUUUAAAAAUAUUAAUAGAAAUAUCUCGAAUGUUAGAAAAACCUCGGUUUUCAUAAUUAGAAGUUGUAGAAACAGUUUAGACUCUUAUAAGACUGUUAUUCCCUUCACCACGUCGAUGGAAAGAGAUUUGUUCUCUUCUUUUAUCCUUGAUUCUUAAGGGAAGCACAUUAAAUUGAAAUGCAAUGACGUUUGACCGCCCUGUUCAAAACAGGAUGGAAAAGUUGGGGGGGAGGAAGGGAAUACCGGAGGAGGGGGGGACUAGGUCGUCAUUUAAAUCGUAAAACUUUCACUGGUGGACUAAGCACUUCGUUACUUUAUAAUAAAAUACGUUGUUUCUUCAAAAGAGACCAAACA